CUCUCGUAGGAAACCAUAUAAAACAAUAUAAACAAAAAGUUUUAAAGCGGUAUUAAAAUUAAAAAAAGAGGCGAAUUUCAUGGAAGACGAUCAAUUAAAAGAUGCCGAGCAAGACAUACAAAUUACAAAACAGCUAUUAAAAUCUAAAAGCGGAGAAUUUGAUAUAGAAAGUAUUCAUCAUAUUUCUUUAACACAUUAUGGAAUAGAAGACCUAGGGUGCAUUGGAGAAUGCUCAGCACUGCAGAAGUUGGAUUUAUCCUUUAAUGAUAUCACUAAACUUUUUUCUCUGUCAAGCUUAAUCAACUUACAAUAUUUGAAUAUAUCUGCGAACCGAAUAAGCAGCUUAGAAGGAUUGCAGAGCUUAGAUAAUUUAUGCUACCUUAAUGCUUCAGGUAACUUAAUAAACAGUAUACAAUCGUUAAGAUGUUUGAGCUAUUUGGAAAAAUUAAAGGAACUUAGACUUAUUGAUAAGAUGAAUGAAUUGACAAAUCCUGUUUGCCUGAAUAACUCUUAUAGUUCUGACGUAAAGGAAAUUCUGCCUAGUUUAACAGCUUUAGACGGUGAAAGGAUUAAAGGGAAAGGUAGCGAAGUUUUCGAUUUAUUUAGAGACGUUGAAAGUCUAUUAGAAGAACGGGAGCGCUUACGUUGUAAUAUGACAGGACUCUGUCUGGAAGAAAACGGACCUUGGUUGCCUGAAAUUGAGGAGAAUAUGCAAUUAAUUCCAAGCCAUUCAUUAUUAUUUGAUGCUGAAGAAGAUCUAGAAAGUUUAUUGAAGCAAUGCCGCGUAGUCUGUGACAAGGCUAGUUCUAGAAUAAAUGAGGUCUAUGGACUGAAUUCUGACUAA